CGCUAAUUUGCCGCCAUCUUUGAUUUGAGAGUUCCGAGAAGAAAUGUUCAAAUGUUUAGCAGUUCUUUGAAAGAAUGAGAUGAGGUAUGGAUGUAGGUUCGUCGGUCACAAUUCCUCAGGAAAGUUUCACGCAACAAGAGGAGACAGUUAUAUUAUUACCAGCAACAAAAAGAGGUAAAGGCACYUGUCCAGGUCAGAAUUGUGAGUACAGUUAUGCAUGCAGAAAAAAGCCAAGUACAUGCCCAAAAUGUGGUUAYUAUCUUGGAGGCAGUGCAUCRGAAUCAGUCAAGGAAGAUACUUCAAUUUGUUUYGCAACCAAACUCAAAGUAGGAGAUUUACCAGAAAACUAUGAAUUAUACUCYGUCAAGGUUUCAAGACGUGGUCGAGACUAUCGAUGUUUUGUGCAAGUAAGCACAUUGAACAACCUUCAUAUUUGCUACUACGAGAAGUGUAGAAUACAGCGAAGUGCAACWYUMAUAUCCAACUCRGAUUGUUUCCUUUGUGAACAUGUAAAAACAGCCAAAGAAUCAACUGUUGAAUCUGAAGUUUUGCCACUUUUACAAGAUGCACUACCAGCUCUUCCUUUCCCUUCCUCUAUGAAAGAAGAACUCAGAGAAUACUUGGAGAAAGCAUCUGCUAAGAAAACCCCUCCAAUUCAACGUGUUUCUCUAAAYAAUUAUGUYCUUGUUUGUGAAAAGACUCAUAAAAAUCCMUUAGGUUUGCUUCACUUAAGAGUCAAUGAUAAGAAAAAUAAGUUUAGCUGCGGAGCUGAUGGAUCUAGAACUGCGGCAAAGCCMUACAGGUCUAAGUGUGUACACUACUGCUUGUAUGGUUGGGCAACUUUAAACACACAGCCAUCAACAUUAUCAGACAUCAUUACUGAGCCACAACAGGCAGCCCAAAUACACUGCAGCUCACAGGAAACWUUAGAUAAUGGMAAUGUUGAAAUAGUCCAGACAGUUUCCUURCCMACAAAUAAAACAAUUCAAAGAAAYUCYACAGUUGAGYUACUUAARAAGAUUGUCAAAAUCCCAGAAGAUACAAUAGCAUUACAACCUAUUUUYAAGCUCAUUGAAAGCAAAAAUGCUGCAACAACCACGUUACUUGAUAUCAUGAGAAGUGGAAAAAGAAUAGAGUUACACUUCAAUGAAGUUGCUUGGAAAACGCACUUUGAACCCGAGGAGCAAGUUUGUCUUUUGUGUUCAUCUCCUYUGUCUGAUCCUUUGAAUGUACAGGGAUCUAAUGGAGAAGGCUGGCUUGUMACUAUGACUCAUAUACUUCCCAUAACUUGUAAAGUAAAGAAGUGUACUAGUGGUAAUUGUAUUGCGAUACACAGCUAUCAUGAUGUGCUUUCAGGAUUGUUUAAUAUCGCUAACAAGAUCCUAGUCAGUAUMGAUAUUCURUUCCUUAUCAGAGAGCAUGUAAAACAGGGUGUUUUACCUUCGCAUGCUGUAGAGGCUAUUAUGAGUAUGACWCUAGCUAAAUCACCUGCCGCAGCUCUCAAGAUUUGUGGAGAAAAAAGAAGAUAUAUUGAACAACACCUCUUCAAGGGCUACUGGGCAUAUGAAUGUCUGACUGUCCGUAACUAYGAYGAUGCUAUAUGUGGACUAUGUGGUGUUGCUCCAAAACUAGAAGCAGGUGAAUCAAGUCAAAGGGAAGUGAUGUCACUCUCCUCCGUCAAGAUUGAAUGGCCWUCAAUACAGACACAAACAGAAAACAUCGUCGACGUGGAUGCAUUUUGGGAUGAUAUGGAAAGCAAGAGUAUUGAGCAAGUGGCUUUUGCAAGUGUUGAUCCAAUYGUYGUAUAUGAUGGCACAAAAAUUGCACCAUUCAUACCAGCAGCGCAUCGCGCUUCUAGUGUUCUUAAUACUGAACAUCUCAAGGCUCCUGUCAAGAACACACUUCCGGGUUUUCAMGGMAACACGUCUAAGCUGGCUAGUAUGCUACAKCGUGGUGUUAUAGAYCCUCAUAGUYUAAAUCAGUACUCGCAUGCUGAUUUGUUCUCUUUGUGUCAAAGAUGUGACAUCCCUGUCAACGAGACUGACUCUAARGCUACUUUGGAAAAUUAUCUAGAAGGUGGCUACAACUUUUUGAUGUCUGGUCGAAGCAGUUGUCAUUCAUUUGUCAGUGGCUCGUCGUAUAAUGGCGGCAAAGUAUAUAAAGCUUGUCCACAUCAGGUCGUAACAGCAUCAAGGCACAUCAUGCGACCUGAGAGUGGACGAGAUCAUAUCGACCUACUWAAGUCCAGUAAAUACUGGCCUCCAGUCUACCUUACAGACAUCGCUUGYACUGUAGCACAGCAUGCUGAUACUAGAUCUCCCGAGCUGACAAGACAGUUGUGGGAUACUAAACAAGGUUGCUUUGAGAUGCCCUCAUUAUACGAAGAUCCUCAGUCCACUUCUUGUCCCGAACUCCAAAUGACAGAGCUUCAGACCAAUCCAUCGCUUCUCCUUGAAACCGAAGACCCUUACGUACACCCCACUACGGGAAACAAAGAUCGGCGAAUCCUGACAGCACAUUACCACGACAAAACUCUUCCACACCAGCUAAAAAGCUGCGAAUACCACAGUGUCGACCUCUGCCCUGAGCUAGCGCCCUACAAGGGCUGUCUUGUACAACCACGGCACGGCUCAAGAGGGAAGGACARGAGAAAAGCAACAGCUUGUCUUAGUUUUCAUCAUUUCUUCCUAUAUAGUCGAYUGCAGGACUAUUUCUCUAACCUUUCUAUAGUCAAGCAACAGCUGGAGCUUGUAUCGAAGCAGUGCCAGGAAGGYCAGACAAUCGUGAGGGAUAAGUUUCAACGAUUUGUGAUUGUCUGUUCAAAAUGUUAYUAUGGAGGACAUGUUGCUAAAGCUUGCCCUUAUAAUACUUAGGUGCUAAGAGUGAUAUUUUUGUAUGUUAUUGAAUGAUAUAGUAUUUUGUUGUSAGAAUGUUAUCAAAAAGCUCAUAAAAUCUUGUUCUUUUAAAAAGUCCUAGGGUGUUGAGAAUAAAUUGUUAUUUUUUAACUU